CAAGGCGAUAUCCCCAUUUCAACAACUCAAAGUUGAUGCUUUGAGCUUAGAAGUUAAUUACAGAAAUCUUGAUCGUAACAUAUCAACGUACGAAAAACUACAUAAAAAAGAUCUUGAACUAUUGUUGAAAAAUCAUUUGGCAGGAAUCUCACGUGCCCCAGCUCUUUGUUAUGGUAAUGAGCAUGAUACCAUGGCUUCAUUGAAUCUUGAAGAAUACGAAGUUAUGCCAAUUGAACCACUACAUGACUGCAAGGGGCAUAUAAAAAAUGUGUGGGAUGUCCUGCCUGAGAUUUUAAUACCUAAGGAGUAUAAAAUAUUCCAACAAUCCUUGGAUGCCACAUAUGGUUAUAAAGAUAAAAUCAGAGGAUCAGACUACCGAAUGUCAACAAUAGCGGUUUAAGCAAUGAAAAACAAUUGCAGGAACAAAAUUGAAGACCUUUUGUACACUUUGAUGGAGAUAGUACGUUUAGCCUACAUGAAGUCACAAAAAAGAUCACCAAAAUUUAUUCUACGCAUACAUAAUGUGACCUUUCAGCAUGCAAUGUUAUGUCAGUCUGUACUUGGAAAUAACCUGAAAACAAUAACAAAAGAAAAACUCUAUGCCAUAUAUUUUCAUUCCCUGACCGCUCACCUGCCUGAGGUGUCAAGAAUUGUUGCUCCAAGCUCCUUACAUUCAGAAAAUGAAGAGCAGUUGUUCAGUAAAAUAAAUCAAAUCAGCUUGGGAACAUCAUCAAGAACGUUGGAGUCUAUACGUGAUAAUAGUAUCGUUCGCAUUCAAGAAGAGCAAAAAUUCAAUAUGAAGAAUGCUAGAAGAAAAACAUCUUCCAGCACUUCUAAAAUAUCAAUGUUUUACAAGUCUAUUGUUGAUGGAGGGAAAAGAAGCAGUUUUGAUAUAAAUCUACCAACACGGAAAUAUCAAGCUCAUUUAGAAAGACUGGCAGACUUUCUAGUUUGUGGUGCUGGUGUUUGGUGGCACAUGGAUGAAGAUAAAAAACGAGUAAUAUUUCAUGAUGGAGAGGAGGAUGAUAAUGUCAGGGAUGAAGGACCGCUAAUGAGCCACUUCAAAAGGGACAACCUUCCAUCCAUAGCAAGGCAUAUUAAAAUUUGCUGGGAAAGAUGUGUGGAAGGUAACAUUGAGUUACCAAUUGAACAAAUUAAUUUAUUUGAUAUCAAUGGUGACUUUUUAAAGUGCAAAACAUUUCAGGAUUCCAUAUGCAAAAUAAAUAAGGAAACAAUGGUAGAAGACAAAACAAAUAUGGAAGCAAAUGUAGAGAUGUGCGAAACAAACAGGGCUGACUUACCAGGAAGCGAAGAUAACAAUGAAGUUACUGAAGUUUCACUAGAGGACAACCUGGAAUACUUGACAUGGAUGAUAAAGCCGUCGAUUUUGAAAAAUUUAUACAGGUAA